AUGUCAUCACAAUACUCAGUUGUUCAGUCCUGGUCACCUCCUCAGAUGGGUGAAUUGAAAAUUAAUUUAGAUGCUUCUUUCGAUUAUAACACAUCUGAUGUUGGUGUUAGUUUGAUUAUUCGUGAUUCAACGGGUCAAUGCAGAUGCAUCAGGGGCAGAAAUGGAAUUGGUGAUCGAUAUUCAGGUGUUGAUGAAUUUACUAUGUUGGUUGGUGGUAGUGACGCUGCAGGGAGUCUUCAGAAUGAAUUGGCUGAACUUGGUUACACUUACAGAGAUCAUCUUUUCGCUGCUAUUGACCCAAUACCCGCUAUUGCUUUCCCUCCAGUAGCAACGACACAAUGGCAAGAGCAGAUAAAGAGUCUCGAACUCCUUUUGACAGUAAAAGAAUCUGCACUUAAUGUUCCAACUAACCUUGAAGCACGUAGAAGGAUUGCGUUCUUUACAAAUUCUUUGUUUAUGGAGAUGCCACGAGCUCCCCCAGUUCGUAAAAUGUGGUCAUUCAGUGUUAUGACUCCUUAUUAUAGCGAGGAGACUGUGUACUCUAAAAGCGACCUUGAGUUGGAGAAUGAAGAUGGUGUAUCCAUUAUCUUUUACUUGCAAAAAAUCUUCCCAGAUGAAUGGAACAACUUUAUCAUUCAUACCACCACCCAUUUUUCAGAUCUGAAAAUGAAGAGAAGCAGAAGUAUGUGGUUGUGGAGAUGUUCAUUUAUGAUUUAUGGAGAAGAAGAUAAGAGUGCCACGUGA